UGUACCAACAAGAUCCUCAGCCAACGUGGAGAGGGGGGGGGAGCAAGGGAUGGUAGGAAGCGGUGGGGGGAGCGGUGGUUCUUUUUUUUCCUGCGGUCCCCGUCACCCGCUCUGCUCGCGAGAUAAUGGUACCGUCCAUCAAUUGUGCAGCUACGUGAAAUUCAUUCGGGGGCCAAAUUUAUUUUACCGGGGGUGAGACGACGCUCGGCUUCGUGUCCUUUACAAUGCGCCCUCGUACGCGAGAAGGACGCGGGUGCAAUCUGUGACCGUGCACAAAAUGGUUCGCUUCAUUCCUUCGGGUACAGCUAUUAUUUUUGCUUGUUUAAAUUGAAACGAUACGUGAAGAGCCAAUUAUAAUUUUUAAUUCGUCGCGAAUUCAUUCAUCGGGCAAAUGGACAGCCUUGGGGCCGGACGCAAUCUGGCCUACAGUCGGUGGACCUACAACAGCGUCAUAGACGACGACAGUACCACCAGUGUACAAUCUCAGCGUCUCGACAAGAAGCGCGCUCUGCUCGAGCAUGCCCAGCGCAGGCGUCGUCACGACAUGGUCACGGUGCAAUCGACGGCCGACGCCAAGGCACCCGGCGGGAGUCGCGGCGUCGCGAGGGGCGCCCGUCGGCCGCAGCACCCCGAGGAGCAGGCACCGCUCGUCGACAUCGUGAGCCAGCCGGCCGCAGGAGGCAUCCCCUCGUGUGGAGAGGAGGAGGCGGCGCCACUGACCAGCCGUGUGCAGGUGCUGACCCUGCGGGAGUGUCCGGCGCUGGGGUCCGUCCUGGAGCCCGGCUCGCAGAGCGACGUGCGCUCCCCGCAUCACAACCCGGAGCUGCGGGACGCCCUCGCGCAUCGCGGCCUGACGGGGAGCCUGAGUUUCGAGGAGGGCCAGGAGGGCUUCGAGGAGGAGGGCAGUGCCGACGAUCCGGCCGAGAGUCUCCUCGCCCCGCCGACGUCGUCCCACGCGCACGGAGGGGUCGCGCGCGACGGCAAGGAGGACGGGGCGUCCUGCGGGGUCCGCGGCGGCGACGGGAGCCCCGGCGGGGGGUUCUCGCCCCCGCUGGCGGUGGGGGACCUCGAGGCGUUCGCUCUGCGCCCGGCGCCCCAGGGUGGACCCGUCAAGUGCCGCAUCACGCGCGACAAGAAGGGCAUGGACCGCGGGAUGUUCCCCACCUACUUCCUGCACAUGGAUCGCGACGACGGCAAAAAGGUGUUUUUGCUGGCUGGUCGGAAGCGGAAAAAAAGUAAAACUUCUAAUUAUCUGCUGUCCACGGACCCUACCAAUCUGUCCCGCGAAGGGGAGAGUUACAUCGGCAAGCUCAGGUCCAACGUCAUGGGCACCAGGUUCACAGUCUACGACAACGGGAUCAAGCCAGACCGCACUGGCAUCCUCGGCGAUGGAUCCAACCUGCGGCAAGAGCUUGCUGCCGUAUGCUACGAGACCAAUGUACUGGGAUUCAAGGGACCGAGGAAAAUGACGGUGAUCAUCCCUGGAAUGAACCGGAGUCACGAGCGCGUUCCAAUCAAGCCCAGAAACGAGCACGAGACCCUGGUGUCGCGCUGGCACAACAAGAACACGGAGCACACGGUGGAGCUGCACAACAAGGCGCCCGUGUGGAACGACGACACGCAGUCCUACGUGCUCAACUUUCACGGCCGCGUCACCCAGGCCUCCGUCAAGAACUUCCAGAUCGUGCACUACAACGACCCGGAGUACAUCAUCAUGCAGUUUGGCCGCGUCGCCGAGGACAUCUUCACCAUGGACUACAGCUACCCGUUGUGCGCCCUGCAAGCGUUCUCCAUCGCCCUCUCGAGCUUCGACGGCAAGCUGGCCUGCGAGUGAAAGCCAUCCACGGCCACUCGACCAGACGUCGCCUACGAGGCGGUCGAGCAGCGUGGACCCCGGCACGUAUGCGUAACCGCCGAUUCGGGGUCGCGACGCUCGCGGCUAAGUUUGGGCCCCCGUUCGGUGUGUGGUUCCCUGUGUGCGACGUGAGCGAAAGGCGUUGGGAGGGAAAAAUAACAACAACAACAAAAACUCGUUGUUUUUUUUUAGGAACCCCCGUGGGUCGUAAAGCCGCCGUGAGGGCGUUUACAUUGGGCUGGAAAGACACAGGCCAAAGUAACCUUUUUGAAAAAGUCACUCAUUUAUAAAUACGAGUUUUUUUUCUUCUUCUGAACGUCCAAUGGCAAUUUAUGAAAAAUCAUUAAAAAACAAAAACGCACGCUGGUCAAGUUCGUUUUCUCGUCACGUGGAGGUGGCGACUCCACGCUAUUUGUUGAAAACAAAAGCCAGCGAUCAAGCAUUAGAGGGAAAUAAGCAAACAGUAAAGAUUUGAAAAGUAAAAAAAUAUCGCUAAUAUGCACCCUUAAAAAAAGCCACUGUGUAACAUAAAUGCAAUAAAGCCACCCUAUAUGACAAAUAUUAAAAGCACGAUGUUUACAGUUAAAUGAUUAUAUUUAAUCUAUACAAAACUAUACAUUAAAAUAGACAAAAACAUGAUGGAAAACGAGGUUAUUAAUACAAUUUAAAUGUAAAAUAAUAUAUUAAAAAUGCUCUUCGCCUAUUUUCUUCCAAAGUAAACAUUGAUAUUACAGGUGAAAACAUUGCAUUUCCCUUAACUUGUAACUUUAUAAAAGGCAACAUCAUCGAUUGUGGCAAAUUUAAUGACCUUGGUAUUAAUUGAACAGAUCACGGGUUACGUACGGAAAAAACUGAAUCGUAUUAUUAUAUUUCCCCCAGUAUAUUUAACACAUUUUGAGCUUGGCUUUUACUUUCGAGACGCAAUGAGAAUAAUUUGGGCCACUCGUAGAAUUAUAGUCCAGCGCUUGUUGACUGAGCAAAUUGUGUUUUAAUUGAUAUGGCAACUCUUUUGUUACAUAAUAGCUACCUCUGAAAUCCCUUAAAAUGACCUCUGGUCAGCACGGUAGGGGGUAGCACUUACCCGCCCGGCCGCUGAGAGUGAUGAUCAUUUCAUGACAGUGAAACCAUUGUUUGAAAUUCUCAGAUCCCGGAAAUUUAUAGGCAAAUUAAGUGCAGAGGUUAUUAUUGUGCAGUCAUUUGUGACCGAGCUGAGACCAUGAACUCACUCCACCUUGAACCUCUGUGUCAUAUAAUCAUCGUGAACAAUAUUGGCCAAUAUUCAUAUUCUUAGGUUUUUUCGGUAAAGUCACCUAGGUAAAAAAAAUUUAAUUAAUAAAAGUAAAAUAAAAAUAAAAUAAAAAUCACGAUGUUUCGGAGGCAACACAAGCUUCCGUCUUCAGGUGGAACCGUCAUAGCACGACUGCUGCAUCAAGUAAGAGAAAUUCCAAGAAAACAGUCCUUGUAUGUAUACUGGUUGAGGGUGGGAGGAGCCAUUGUGAGGUUCGGUGCGGCUGAAACACGCUGCAAGGAAUGAGCCUUUGUUAUGUAGACUGGUUGAAAUGGGAGGUUCCAAGAGUUGUUCAGGUGCUGCUGAUGUAAAGCUUCAAAUGUAGAAAUAUUGGCCAAACAGACAGAAACAGAAGCAUUUCUCCACAAUUAUGGCUGUCAUCUGACGAGGCUGGUUGUAAUUGCCGGCGAAAUGUCGAAUUGUGAAUGUUGUGGGUUUACUGUCCGACAUACCGGUGUGCUGAACUAGUAACUAAUUGGUACGUUUUGUUUACGUGACAAACCUUAACAAUUACGGCUAAGAUUGGUCGUGUAAGCCUACCACGUGUUAAACGGAAGAAGAAAUACUUUCCCGUGCGGCUAGAUGAAUGUUUUUCAGAAGAUUGUCAAAAUAAGAAAACCGUGAAAUGUAAAUUCGUCCAAAUCUAAAAGCAAUUAUACAUCCACAUACACUUUUCAAGCGUAGCUCAAUUAAAUCUUUGCAAGCAAUUAAUCUUUGCAAAUGUCAAGCAUGGUAUAGACGCCAGUGUUGAACAACAGCUUUACGGAUGUAAAUUAUCUAGCGAUAGUGUUAAUAUCCAACUGCGUUAGAUUUUGUACCUCACCGAAAAAUAUUUUCAUCAGCAGUUGUAAAAAUGCCACAUUCACAGUUAACAUCAUUACAUUUAAAUAUCCCGAUGUUUUUUUCACUUUCUCAAAGGCUCGGAUUAGCAGGGCAAAUGACAAAAAAACCGGAGAUGAUUUCCAAAGGAAAGAUUCAUUUUUGUAAUUCCUUUAAUUCCUGGCAUUGUCAGAAUUUUAAGCAUAUUUUUCAAACAGAGCGAUGGGGGGGGGGGGGGGGUGGAAAAACGAUCAAAACGCGACAAAGCUGUGAAUUUGUGUCACGCAUCAGCGAGAACCUUGCACACACAAACGGUGUGCACCCCAAACUUCGAAAAAAAAACAUGGAGCUAUUCUUUUGAAAAUAAACUUGCAACAGUUACUUUGCCCUGUGGCUCAGGCAAGCCACGUGAUCCCUGCACUGAUGCGACGUGGUUUUAAUUGAGUGUUAUCGGCCAAAACUACAUCGUCUUAUGGUUUUGGCCCGACCCCAGACUCAGCAUUACUGUAAUUACUCAAGUUUGUCCAGCUUUCCACAUUAGUCGUGACACACAGCCAUCUGCCAGUAGUUAACGCAUAAUGACAGAUGUUGUAUUUAAGUUCAUUGUAUUAAGAGUAAUAUUUUUGUUCUGCUUAUUAGAUAUAUAAAUAUGAAGGUCAGUAUGGAGAGUAUUUCCCCAUAACUGCACAACCACGUUUAUUAAGCCAAUAGCCAGUGACGGUUGGAGAGAGCCCCCUGGUUAACUCAGCGACCUAAGUUAAAUUCCCGGCCAUGGCUUAACAUAAGUGGCGAGUGAAUUUCCAAUUGGUUCGAAGCUGGCACCCCCUGCACCAGCCCGCACUAACCAGCCUGGUGAAGUAUGGUCAAAGCAACACCUACAGUGUGGGGAAGCCAGGUCUGUACGUUCCCAAGUUGCUCGUCGCGAUGCCUGAGCAAAACGACCAUCCGUCUGAGAAAGCCUGACAUUUCCAUUCAAACUACAGCUCUAAGCCAAAUCGUUUAUGAAUCCCCUAACAGACGAGCAAAUACAAAUGACCACACCGGUAUCGUGCACUUCGCCAUCAAAAGACUUCUUACUCGUUUAAAACAUUACUCCGAAGCCAGCGGAAUGAGCAAGGCGGUCGAAGGCCCGGUCAAUGCUCGAGCAAUCAUUCGUGCCACCAAGCCGUUCCCAAAAAUCCUUUUUUUUAAAACGUAAUUCCCAAAAAGUGAUUGCCUGGACAUCUCUAAUUGCAACCAAGUUGUACAUCUUCUUGCGAAUGAAUAGCAAGCAAUCAUUGGCGUGGCUUUCACUCUGCCCCCCCCCGCCGCCCAGCGCGAUAAACAUCUCGCACGCGAGCCCUCGCUUUGCUCUCGUUAGCGCCACGAAAAUUAGAUGUUCCGGCGAUGCCCCCUUAGGCCACGGCUGCACAGUCAAAGCACAAUUUUGUACUCCAUUGCCCGCAGCUGCACAACUUUGCACCGGUGGCACACGAUUGUCCAACGGAUGGAAACGCUGGGACUAAGUUGUUAGCGGUGUUGCUUCCUCCCGGAGGUGCCAGUCCAGCUGGAGUUAAAACCGCUGAUUAAUCUGCAGCAUUGUAGUAACUAGGGUACCGUAAAUAGUAUCAAAGCCAGGGUCGUCUCACUGCCUUGCUUGGCUUCUCCGUGUGGCAGAGGUCGCAAACGGGUUUUGAUUCCUUACCCGUACCCGUACCUGGCCGCACCAGGGUCGCAAACGGGUACCCGUACCUGUACCCGGCCGUACCCGUACCCGGCCGUACCCGUACCCGGCCAUACCCGUACCCGGCCGUACCCGUACCCUACCCGUACCCGGCUGGGUACGGGUAGGGUACGGGUAUUGGGUACCUGAUUGCGACCUCUGGGAUGAAGCCAUGUUGAAGGCACGGGUGGGUUGAUUCUAGCAACUUGAAUCGUGAGAAGAGACAAGACGUUGGGAAAUGAGUGACAAACGGUUACUCACCAGUGACUCACGGCCUACCCGUACCCGGCCGCACCAGGGUCGCAAACGGGUACCCGUACCCGGCCGGGUACGGGUAGCCGGGUAUCGGGUAGGGUACGGGUAUCGGGUACCCGGUUGUGACCUCUGCCGUGUGGUGUGCCCCCGCCGUUUUGAACACAGGCCAUCGUUAUAUUUACAGCAGCAGCAGCGUUCAAUCGACAGCGACUUUGAGGCAGGUGACACUUUAUAGAGGCCCCCACGGUCUCUCGGGUGGCUUUCAAGUUACCAACGAACUCGGUGGCUCCGAGCGCCGUUCCACGUCCGCGGAAACGUCGAACGCACUUCGGCGUCGCAGUGGGGGGGCCAGCAAGAAAGCUAAAUUCCUGUAAGGCGCCGUGGGAGUGUUGUUGAGGCGUGUGUCGGGGUGGUGGUCCGUGUUGCCACAUGUUUCGUUUCACCUGUGCGCUAAAUGGGUGUUGUUGUAACGGGUGAUCCGUCGAUGGUGCCCGGCGGUAAUGAAUUGCGUCGUGCUGGGUUUUCUUUAAACAACAACAAAAACGUUGAAUAACUUAUGGUUUUACAAAGAUGUUAAUUGUUUCUCUUCGUCAGCCAACUGCAGUACUGGCUCAACGUGUGUACUCGACGCAUUUGUUAUUUUGUUUUCCUGUUGCGUCCCAGUCGUGACAGCAAGUGGGGUAGAAUCCACUACGAUUCGCUGAUUUUCUGACGUUGAACCCAUUCGCUGCAUCCUAAAACGCUUUUUGUUUCGACAAAAUACAAAUGACGCGUUGCUGUUUCAUUCCGUCGGCGAGUAGGAUACGCUUUUUAAUGGCCGAUUGCAUUCCCUCGUUUUUCGCGAACCCGUCUAUCAUCCGCGAUGUUGGCCAUCCGCGAAUCGCAUCUGGAAUGCUACGCGACUGCGUCGAGAGAGAGCGAAAGUGAUGAGAGAUAAAGCGAUAAGAGAGAAUGUGAUGAGAUAAAGUGAUGAGAUAAAGUGAUGAGAUAAAGGUAUGAGAUAAAGUAAUGAGAAUGCGACGAGUUAAAGUGAUGAAAAGAUGCAAUGAUGAAAGAUAAAGCUUAGUUAUGUAUUUAUUUAAGGUAAUUCGUUUAAAAGGUUUUCAUUGGCCAUUAUCAUUAUCCGCCAAAUUUGCUAUUCAUGAGCAUUUCCGGAACGUGUCCCUCGUCGCGAAAAACGAGGGAAACCUCGUCGGCAUUUGUAGUCGUCUUGUCAAUUUUUCCCAAGCGACGUUCCAUUGAACAAACGACACCUGUUUGAACAAAAGAAGUCCAUUCGCAAAAAAAAAACCACCCGUAACUGCAAGGCGCCAAACAUCCGUUCCGUGCAAACGGUACGUUUCGUACGGAAUGACGACAAUUGUGAGUUUUUUUUGUAACGAGUGGUGGCUGCCCGUGGCAUUCUGGGUCUUCGUCGGAAAGUAGCACGUUGUGUGCCCCACGAUUUGCACGUGAUUCAAAACGUUCUGUGUCAACGCGUUCGGUGGCAUUAAUUAAUACACACCGCUUGCGUGCGACGCUUCAUUUUAUACCUGCCGAGGUUGCUCGUGGUGAUUGCUCGAAGUACGGCCAAUUCACGCGAUCGUGUCUACUUGGCGUGGCUUCUGACACAGUGACCCUAACGAUGUUGAUUAGGUGACACUCGAUGCGACGGCAGUGAUUUUGCCGAUCGUCGCGAUGGUUUAUUGGUUAAAAUUGGCACUCGCUUGUGUAUACAUUCCACUAAAUUGGGUGGAUUGACCCCAGCAGUACGUUAUGUUGUUCACUUCCUAGAUGUACGUGACUUUGUGAAUAAAUCGUGCUUGCUUACAACUCCAAAACGCACGGCCUUGUUCCUUUUA